CAUCUGUUGCCUGAUGUCUGUCUAAUAAUGACAGGAAGUUUAAAUGUCAUUGCAGAACAUCUGGCUUUCAUCAGAUGCACAUAUGGAAAAACUGACUGAACAUUCUUUAGUGAAUGAGGGCUUGUCUUCUGGGAUUUCUGGAGGCUGGACUGCAAAGAAGUAUAAAGCUGCAAAAGUUGUGUUUCACAACUCCAAGUACAGUGCAAGCUCAGCAACACGUCCAAGAACUUUGAAGGAAAUAUUACAUUUUGAUUUACAGUGUGAAAAGCUUCCCUGACAAGAAAACUACAAGACAUCUGCAGAAUUCCAACGUCCUCACUGUUGAAACUCACUAUGAGCUCUUUAGGUGUUUGUUCGCUGGAAGCUUCUGAGGGCAGCAGUGAAAAAAUUGUGCUAAAUGUGGGUGGGGUAAAACAUGAGACCCUCAGAACUACCCUAAUGAGCCUUCCAGGGUCCCGUUUGGCUGAGCUGGUGAACACAGAGAAGUCUCCUUCAGAGCUUUUUUUUGAUCGCCACCCUGAAGUCUUCGCUCAUGUGCUGCAGUAUUAUAGAAGCGGGAAACUGCACUGUCCCAGCAACCUGUGUGGGCUUUUGCUGGAAGAGGAGUUCACCUUCUGGGGUAUUAGCAGUGCUGAUGUGGAGCCCUGCUGCUGGGAGACCUUUCAACAGAAUAAAGAGACCCUGAAGGCAUUGGCUGGGAUUAAACCCUCAGUGAUGAAGAAAGAGGAGGAAUCAGGUCAAAAACAGCAAUCCAGCAGCUCUAGAGGCUGGCAGAGGAAGAUAUGGGCUCUCUUUGACAAGCCGUACUCAUCUGUCUGCGCUAGAAUCAUUGCUAUCAUAUCUCUGUUCUUCAUCCUCCUCUCCAUCAUCGCAUUUUCUCUUUGGACUUUGCCCAGCAUCAAUUCGCACCAAUUUCUCAAUGCAUGGGCAAGCAACUCAACCGAUGAUUUUUCCAGGACCCGUCCUCCAGAAGCUCAAGCUCUUGACGCAGUGGAAAUAGUGUGCUCGAUAUGGUUCGUGUUCGAGUUUGCGAUACGUGCAGGCAGCUGUCCAAGCAAACUAUGGUUCUUUAUUAAUGUUAUGAACAUUGUCGACCUGCUGGCUCUCUUCCCGUGGUUCUUCCGAUGGAGUUCAAACAAUUUCAGUGUAUUUGCAUUGGGUUUUCUGCACGCAAUGCGAUGCAUACGUCUCCUUCGUGUCUUCAAACUAAUGCAGCAUGUGUUUGGUGUGAGAGUGUUGACGCACACACUUCGUGCAAGUUUGACGUCUCUUUGCAUCGUUCCUCUUUUACUCUCCAUUUGCACGCUCAUAUUUGGCACCAUGUUUUAUUUUGCUGAAUUGACUCAUAAGGACUCGUACAUUAGUAGCAGUAGCGGUCUAGAUGGAUUUUGGUGGGCUCUGGUAACGCUGACCACAGUGGGUUAUGGAGAUAUGUUGCCUGUAACAAGGCAAGGCAAAUGUGUAGCAUUCCUUUGUGCAAUGGUCGGGGUUUUGCUUAUCGUUCUGCCAGUGCCCAUAAUCGUCAACAACUUCCUCAAGUUCAGCUCCUUGGUCAAGACUAAGCAUUCAAUGCCCAGAAUGAAUGAGAAAAGGAGUGUCGAUGUAGGUCCUUCAUAUUCUACUUAGAGAUUAGAACAAGAGGUAUGGAUAAAUUAUAGGAUAAUGUUAUAGUAUAAACAUCAUGUGACCCAGUGGGCACAUUGAUGUCACAACAACAACAAAAACAUGUCAAAAAAUCGAUUUGAUGUCAAUUACAAAAUUUUGGACGUGUCAAGACGACAUUGAAUUGACAUCAAGACGACAUCAAAUUGAUAUCUAACAUUGGCGUCAAAAAACACAUCAAAAUGUGAAUCGAUUUGAUGUCAGGUCAUUACCUUGACGUCAAAACAACGUCAAAUUGACAUCUAACAUUGGUGUAAAAAAACGACUGUCCUGUAAUCAAUUUUUGACGUUUUUUAUACCAAUUUUGGUGUCGUUUUGACAUCAAGGUAGUUUACUUGCCUUGUAGAGACACAAAAUCCAUAGUAGCUUUGUCAUUAGUAAUUGAAGCUUUCAGAUGAUGAAAAUUUCUUAUAAUAUAUUUAGGGCUGCACAAUAUAUCGUUUCAGCAUCGGUAUCGCAAUGUGUGAAUCUGCAAUAGUCACAUCGCAGAAUUUGCAAUGUCAAGUUGGUAUUAUAGUUCUGAACAUAUGAUUUGUGGAGUCAUCGCUAAGUUUAACCAUAAAGUACAGUGAAAGGUUUUCAUUUGGAUGGGUUUUAAAGACCGGUGACUGUAUGAUUUACAGUUUUUCCUCAGUCGCUUUGGUGCAUUUCUCACAACACUAUUUACAUUUGCACAACAAUUAAUGCAUUUCUCAAAACAAUUAGUACAAACGGCAAAACCUUGUUGAUAACCUGCA